ACACACUACAUUACCAUGCUUACAAGUCUGAGUGUGUUGAGGCUACUAGAUCAGGUCCACACUAUCAAUUUUGACACCCAAAAUGAAAAUCAAUGCAUCUCACUCAAGCAAGCAUAUAGCAACUUCCUUGCCUUAUAAUUGUUGAUGAUAUCAUAAAUUCUUCUUGAAUUUUAAUUUCAGGGAACUACUGCACUUGCUUUUCAACUCAGUCAAUGCUGGAUGACCAAGACUACCAUUCAAAGUCAAGCUUCAGCUCAAGAUGUGGAUCUCAAUCCACAAAACAGACCAAACAGGAGUCAGAAAACGCUAUUUCUGAACUUGAAGCUAAGGGAGUUGAAGAACACUUUGAUGGAGAAACUGAUGUCAUCUCUGAGCUCUUUGAUGGCUUUCUGUCCAUAGGAACUCUUGGUUCAGAAAAAAUGAUCAGUGAGCCUGCAACACCGACAUUUUCCACAUCUAUGCAAAACGUAACUGGGGAACAAGCAGAUGUGACAGAGUAUGACUUGAAAUUCAUCAAUGAUAAACUAGAGAAAUUCCUUGAGACUGAAGCUGAAGAAGAACAGAGUAAAGAAUCAUCAAGAAGAAACAGUUAUGUGAGCAUUGUUACACUUAGUGAGAAGCUGAUGGAAGGAGCCAGUACUGAAGAUUAUGGAAAGAUCAUGGUAUGUCCACUGCAAGGAUAUCUAUUUGGAACUUCAAUUGAACUUCCAGAAACAACUGAGGUAAAGAAGGAAAAGGCAUCACUGGCAGAACUGUUUCACAGGACAAAGAUAGCAGAUGAGAUUUCCACAGAGAAAAGUGAUAAGGGGGAGAUGCAGGCCAAGCAAACACAUAAAUCAGUCAAACAUCUCUUUAAGAAGAUGCUGAAAAAGCUUCAUGCUACUUUAAAAAGCUCUACCCCUUCUAAUGGUGAUACUGCUGCUGUUUCAACCAACAAGAAACUCCAUAAGAUCAUACAGAUGUUCCACAGAAAAAUUCAUCCUGAAAACUCUAUAGCUGAAAAAGAGUUCAUUAAAUCCCACACAAAAAAGAUCAACGGAAAUCCCCGUGAUGGCAGUUGUGUUAAUGGAGGCCUGAUGCACUCAGAAAAAAGCAACAAGAAAUUUCCUCAGGGAUCUACUUCUAAGCAAGGUUACAUGGCCAACAUAAUAUGGCCCCAAUAUGGCCUCAAAGGCAUUGCUUCAAGUGGAUAUAGAGAGCACUGGAUCAAAACAGAUGCAGACUGUAAGUAUCAAUUAUAUUCAAUAUUAUCUUCUUGACUUGACAGUUAACACUCACAAUACCGAGCAGGAUAGAACCCAUGACCUCACCCACACCAUUAUGUACAUAGACUAUUAGAAUAGACUGCAAUAUGACCAUCUCUACUCAAUCUCAACAAACUGUUCACUUACUUACAAUUAUUUUAGUCACCGACUCACCGAUAUCCAAAUUAGACACCAAAGUUUAAUCUUAGUUCAAUUAACAAAUAUACGUGACUAAUUAUGUCAGUAGUAAUUCAUAGAUUCAACAUACGUGAAUACAUAGAUGUAGAUGUCAAUUACUAACAAAAAAUGUUCAAGGAAUUUCAUGUAAAACAAAAUUAUGAAGAAACCAAAAUAUUGACAAUAUGUUACAGGAAAUUCCAAGUGAGAUAACAAGAGUCAACACU